GGAUCGCAAACCCCAGCAACUACCGACUAACUACCGGUAGGAUGUUCCCCAUAGGAGAGUCCCUAGAAACGUGGUAUGUGAAUACGCGAUAAGGCACUUUCACUACAAUUUUCCUCGAUCUUUUUGUGAGUUGUCUAAGACUAUACCAGCCGAUACUCAAGCCCACCGCUCCCUAGCACCCAGUAUGACUGACCCGCCGUCUCAACCCGAGAGUGUGGAUUCGGAGAAGAACGAAGUUAUCGUAAGGGUAUCGGCCGAGAAACAUGAAUAUGUCAAAGGCUCUAAGCUAGUGUCCAUACUAGUAGCUGUCACGCUAGCCUACUUUCUAGCUAUGCUAGACACCUCUAUUGUAGCUACUGCCAUACCGAGAAUAACAACAGAAUUUCACUCCCUCGCUGAUGUCGGGUGGUAUGGCAGUGCCUAUCAGCUCGCCAGCUGCUCGCUGCAGCCCCUGAGCGGGAGGAUAUACACGAAUUUCAGCACCAAGUGGACAUUUCUCGGAUUCUUCCUAGUCUUCGAAAUAGGCUCCGUCAUCUGCGGCGCCGCUAAGUCUUCGGCCAUGUUCACCAUCGGCCGAGCUUUCGCUGGAAUGGGCGCCUCCGGGAUCUUGAACGGUUCUUUGACGAUAUGGACGGCUUCUGUCUCGCCAGAAAGGCUUCCCGUCCUGCAGAGCACACUCGUUGCUAUCGGACAGCUUGGUGUCGCUCUCGGGCCACUGUUAGGUGGUGCGCUGACGCAGUAUACCACAUGGCGAUGGUGCUUCUACAUCAACCUCCCCGUCGGCGCCGUCGUCGGCGCUCUCCUCUCGCUCAUCCGCAUCCCCGAGAUGACACAAAAGCAGGGAUUCAGUAUCCUCCGCAACGGCGGCCUAAUCCACACCCUCGACCUCGUCGGCUUCUCCAUCUUCGCCCCUGCCGCCGUGAUGUUUUUCAUAGCGCUUGAAUUCGGCGGAAACCGCUACGCGUGGGACAGCGGCACGGUCAUCGGACUACUCUGCGGGGCCGUCGCCGCGUUCGCCGUAUUCCUCGUCUGGGAAUGGAAGAAGGGGCCCGAGGCUAUGAUCCCGUUCGCGCUGCUGAGAGCCAGGAUCCAGUGGUGCGCGUCGCUGCUCAUGUUCGCGUUUCUGGGCAUGAUGUUCGUGGUCGCGUAUUAUCUGCCGAUUUAUCUGCAGGCUGUGAAGGGGGACUCGCCGUUUAUGAGUGGGGUGCAUAAUCUGCCGACAAUAUUGAGUCAGGUUGUUAUGGUUCUGGUUGGCGGGUUUGUGGUGCAAAGGAUAGGAUAUUAUCUUCCAUCCGUCGUAUUGGGGACCACCUUGGCCUCUGUUGGCUCUGGUCUGCUUUCGACCUUGACAGUGUCAACACCAGUAGGCCGUUGGGUGGGAUAUCAGGUCAUAUAUGGUGUUGGCGUGGGAAUGGUUGUGCAAAUGCCCUUCAUAGCAAUCCAAACACUGAUUCCACGCCCAAAUAUCCCCUCCGCAUUGGCAAUUCUUAUCUUCACGCAAUACUUCGGUGCGGCAUUAUUUGUAACGACUGCACAGAGUAUCUUCAACAAUAGCAUGAGAACAACGCUGUCCGAGAGUGCACCGGGGGUCGACAUCGAAAAGAUCAUGGCUGGUGGUGCCACCGCUGUGCGAUCAUUGGUCUCCGGUCAGCAGCUAGAUGAGGUGCUGACGGCUUACGCCGUAAGCGUGGAUCGUGUCAUGUAUAUUGCGGCUGCGCUUGGGGCUGUGGCAUUUGGGUUUGGGUGUGGACUUGGAUGGAAGGAUAUAAGAAAGGGGCGGCGUCAGGUUACUCAAGCGGACGAGGCAGAAAAGGGGAGUAGGGAGCACACACCUGAGUGAAUGACGGUAAAAUCAACAUCAUCUGAUCGAUUCACCGUAAAAUUAGCAUAAGGGAGAUUUGAGGAAUUUUACCAA